GGAGAAGUUUCUAAGAAAAAAGCCGCGGACCGGAGAAAGGAGGAGCGGAGCCGCCGGCGACCUCACCCCACCGCCCCAUCUCCGGCAGCCACCCACCGGCGAUUCGAGCUGUGGAGAGAUAGGUGCUUCUGAUGGAUGCUGCUGCUGAGGUUCCCCAAGGCCAAGAGGCUGAUCCCAUUCCCAGCUCGCCGCAUGUGGAUGUCAGUAGGCUGCGCUGUUCUGUACUGCUGGCCGGCCCGGUGUCCGAGGUGCUCCGCGAUGACAACCUCCUAAUCGAGAUCCUCGUCCGCCUCCCUCCCAAGCCGUCCUCGCUGCCCUGCGCGUCCGCCGUAUGCAAGCGCUGGGGCAGCAUCCUCUCCGACCCCCACUUCCGCAAACGCUUCCGCAAGCACCACCGGAAACCUCCUCUGCUCGGCUUCUUCAGAGGGUAUGCUAAAAACUUCAUUCCUGCCAUGGACUCACCUGACCGCAUCCCUGCUGCCCGCUUCUCCCUGCCCAAGAGCAGAAUACCCUACCACGAAGAUGAAGCAUACAUGGGCUGCCGCCAUGGCCUCUCUCUCCUAAUCAACAUGCAUAAGGGCGAGACUGUCGUGUGGGAUCCCCUCACCGGUGAAGAGCGCAUCGUGGCUUUUCCACCAGGAUUCAACAGUGCCUCAAUGGGGAGUUACUGUGGCUGGCAUGGCACUGUAUUGUGCGUCGAUGCCGAAGAUGGGCAUGUCCACGGAGAUUGUUUCUCGAGCCCGUUUAAAUUGGUUUUGGUUUGCGCUGAGUACAAUACACCGGCAUUUUGUUCUGUCUACGACUCGGCGUCUGGUGUUUGGGGAGAUAUUUUCUCGACGAUGACGGUAACAGCUGGAGUGUCUAGGUUAAGAAGGCCCAGCACCCUUGUCGGGAAUGCACUUUGCUUGUUGAUUUCUGGAGGUGAUGUCCUUGUGUUUGAUUUCGAAAUGCAAAGUCUUGGUCUGAUCGAAAAGCCGGUAGAAAACCAUGGUACCGACGACUGGUAUUUUCAGCUCUUACGGAUGGAGAAUGAUGGACUAGGCCUUGCUAUUUUGUUGGACCUGACUAUCAAAUUAUGGGAGAGGAAAUCUAACAGCUAUGGUGUUUUCGAAUGGGUGCUGCUGCAGAAAACCAUUCCACUCGAGGGUACGGUUCCAAGGAGAAUGGAUUCUGCACUUUUCGUCGGGUAUGAUGAGGACGCAAAUGUGAUUGUUCUCACCACUAUAACCGGCAACUUCACACUCCAAGUUGACUCGAUGCAGAUCAAACAUAUUGUUAAAAGAAACAACAUAUGUCUUGACACCUUUUAUCCCUACAGGAAUUUCUAUACUGCAGGCAAGGGAGUUGGGAGGAACUUUGAACAGACUAGAUCUGCUAACAUGCUAUCUUGGUCAAACAACAUUGGUAAUUUUCUCUUUAUAUAUAUAUAUAUUUUUUUUUUCUUGGUUAGCCAACUUACAAGAUGGUGCAUAGUCUAUGCUUACAUUUUCAAGAAGCAUGCCUUUGGGUAGAGAUACCAGCCAUUUCUCCUUUGUCUGAGCCUUACAUAUGGCUUGGCACACAAAAGUAAAUCUGGAAUUAGUUGACAAUCUUGGAAGUUCAGUUUUUUUGCCUCAGAUGAUAGGCGGUGAGUCAUCGAUCUCUUAGUUUCUACUGCGAUUGUACGUAGUUAUGUAGCAAGAAUCUUGAAAACAUGUAAGCAUAUAGGUGCCAGUACAAACUAAAUGUUCCCUUAUUGUUGUUCGGUUGCUACAUACUCCGUGUC